AUGGCUGGUCACCUGCCUCCAGGCCACCUGGCUGUCGCUCUGCCAGCAGCAGGGUUCCCGGGCUGGGCCUGGGUCCCCAACCACUGCAGGAGCCCCAGCGAGGCUGUGUGCAACUUCGUGUGUGACUGCGGAGACUGCUCAGACGAGACCCAGUGCGGUCACCAUGGGGCCUUGCCCACCCUAGGCACACCCUUCACCUGCGACUUUGAGCACGACCCCUGCGGCUGGCUGGACAUCAGCACCUCAGGCUACCGCUGGCUCCGAGACCGGGCAGGGGCUGCCUUGGAAGGUCCUGGGCCUCGCUCAGACCACACGCUGGGCACCGACCUGGGCUGGUAUCUGGCUGUCGGGACACACCAAGGGAAGGAGGCGUCCACCGCGGUCCUGCGCUCGCCCGUCCUGCGCGAGGCGGCCCCCACCUGUGAGCUGCGGCUCUGGUACCACUUGGCCUCUGGAGAUGUGGCUGAGCUGCGGCUGCAGCUGACUCACGGCGUAGAGACGCUGACCCUGUGGCGCAGCUCAGGGCCCUGGGGCCCCGGCUGGCAGGAGCUGGCAGUGGCCACCGGCCGCAUCCGAGGCGACUUCCGAGUGACCUUCUCUGCCACCCGGAAUGCCACCCACAGGGGUGCUGUGGGCUUGGACGACCUGGAGUUCUGGGGCUGUGGGCUGCCCACCCCCCAAGCCAGCUGCCCCCCGGGGUACCACCACUGCCAGAAUAAGGCCUGCAUAGAGCCCCACCAGCUGUGCGACGGAGAAGACAACUGCGGGGACCUGUCUGACGAGGACCCACUCACCUGCGGCCACCACACGGCCACUGACUUUGAGACAGGCCUGGGCCCGUGGCACCACUCGGAGGGCUGGGCCAGGAACCGCAGCGCCGGCAGUCCCGAGCACCCUGCCUGGCCGCGACGAGACCACAGCCGCAACAGCGCAAAGGGCUCCUUUCUGGUCUCCUUGGCUGAGCCCGGCACCCCCGCUGUCCUCUCCAGCCCCAAGUUCCAGGCCUCCAGCCCCCACAACUGCUCGCUGAUCUUCUACCGUUACCUGCACGGGUCUGAGGCCAGCUGCCUCCAGCUGUUCCUGCAGACGCUCCAGCCCAGCGCCCCGCCGGCCCCUAUCCUGCUGCGGAGACACUGUGGGGACCUGGGGGCUGCCUGGGUCCGAGACCGGGUUGACAUCCAGAGCGCCCACCCUUUCCAGAUCCUCCUGGCUGGGCAGACAGGCCCAGGAGGCGUCGUGGCCCUGGACGACCUCAUCCUGUCUGACCGCUGUAACCCCGUCCCGGAGCCAGCCGUCCUGCAGAUGCUGCCUCCUGCACCCUGGGCCCCAGCCCCUGAGACCCCGCCAUCCAGCCUGUGGCCCCAGAGUUUCUGCAGUCCGGGGCAUCUCUCCUGUGGAGACCUGUGUGUGCCCCCAGAGCAGCUGUGUGACUUCCAGCAGCAAUGUGCGGGCGCCGAGGACGAGCAGGACUGUGGAACCACAGACUUCGAGUCCCCCACGGCUGGGGGCUGGGAGGAUGCCAGCGUGGGGCGGCUGCAGUGGCAGCUCUCUGCCCCGGAGGCUGCUGUAGGGCGCUUCCUGUCUCUGCAGAGGGCCUGGGGGCAGCUGAGGCCUGAGGCUCGGGUCCUCAGUCCCGCCCUGGGCCCUUCUGGUCCCGGCUGUGAACUCCACCUGGCUUACUACUUGCAGAGCCAGCCCCGAGAGGUCUCCUGCAACUUUGAGCGGGACAUGUGCAGCUGGUACACAGGCCACCUCACGGACGUGCACUGGCACCGGGUCCAGAGCCAUGGCCCUGGGUACGACCACACCACUGGCCAAGGCCACUUCAUGCUCCUGGACCCCACAGACCCCCCAGCUCGGGGCCGUGGCGCCCACCUGCUCUCCAGGCCCCAGGUGCCAGCAGCCCCUGUGGAAUGCCUCAGCUUCUGGUACCAACUCCACGGGCCCCAGAUUGGGACGCUGCGUCUGGCCGUGAGACGGGAAGGGGAGGAGGACACGGCCCUGUGGUCGCGGUCAGGCACCCACGGCAACCGCUGGCAGGAGGCCUGGGCCACCCUCUACCACCAGCCUAGCUCCCGCACCCACUACCAACUGCUGUUCGAGGGCCUCCGGGAUGGAUACCGCGGUUCCAUGGGCCUGGACGACGUGGCCGUGCGGCCUGGCCCCUGCUGGGCCCCCAAGCGUUGCUCCUUCGAGGACUCGGCCUGUGGCUUCUCCGCCGGAGGCCCGGGUCUGUGGAAGCGCCAGACCAAUGCCUCGGGCCAGGCCGCCUGCGGCCCCCGGACAGACCACACCACGGAAACGGCCCGAGGACAUUACAUGGUGGUGGACUUGAGCCCGAACGCGCUGCCCCAGGGCCAUGUGGCCUCGCUGACCUCAGAGGAGUACAGGCCCCUGGCCCAGCCCGCCUGCCUGACCUUCUGGUACCACCUGAGCCUGCGCAGCCCCGGCACCCUGCGGGUCCACGUGGAGGAGGGCGGGAGGCACCCAGUGCUCAGCAUCAGUGCCCACGGAGGGGCCGCCUGGCGCCUGGGCAGCGUGGAUGUGCAGGCCAGGCGGGCCUGGAGGGUGGUGUUUGAGGCUGUGGCCGCAGGUGUGGAGGCCUCUUACGUGGCCCUGGAUGACCUGUUCCUCCAGGACGGGCCCUGCCCCCAGCCAGGUUCCUGUGACUUUGAGUCUGGCCUGUGUGGCUGGAGCCACCUGGCCUGGCCCGGCCUAGGGGGGUACAGCUGGGACUGGAGCAGCGGUGCCACACCUUCCCCCUACCCCCACCCCGCCGUGGACCACACCCUGGGCACGGAGGCAGGCCACUUUGCCUUCUUCGAGACCGGUGUGCUGGGCCCGGGCGGCCAGGCAGCCUGGCUGCGCAGUGAGCCUCUGCCAGCCACCCGGGCUUCCUGCCUCCGCUUCUGGUACCACAUGGGCUUCCCCGAGCGCUUCUACAAGGGGGAGCUGAGGGUGCUGCUGGCCGGCACACAGGGCCAGCUGGCCGUGUGGCGCCAGGGCGGGCACCGGCGGCACCAGUGGCUGGAGGCCCAGGUCGAGGUGGCCAGUGCAGAGGAGUUCCAGAUUGUGUUUGAGGCCACUCUGAGUGGCCAGCCUGCCCUGGGGCCCAUCGCCCUGGACGACAUCGAGUACUGGGCUGGGCGCCGUUGCCAGCAGCCUGCGCCCGGCCAGGGGCACAUGGCCACGCCCGUGCCAGCCGCGGUUGGCGGCGCCCUCCUUCUCCUCAUGCUCCUGGUGCUGCUGGGACUCGGGGGCCAGCGCUGGCUCCGGAAGAGGGGAGGCUGCCCCUUCUGGAGAGACAGGGAGGCCGCGACACCCAGCUUUGACAACGUCCUCUUCAAUGCAGAUUGUGUCACCCUCCCGGAGUCUGUCACCAGUGACCCACAGACCACCAGAUGAGGCCCUGGCAGACCCCCUGCUGGCCAGGCUCCGGGUCUCAGGACACGCUGAGCUUCUGCAGCCCUGCCCUGUCCCUUGACCCUGCUGCCCCUGAAUA